AGCCUUGCGAGGAGAGGUUGGAGAGAGACACGGAAAGACAGAGACAGAAAAAGAGAAUUCAGUUGCCUUUGGUUUUCCGAAGCGGGCAGCUUGCGGGUUUGGGAUGUGUGUGUGUGUGUGUGUGUGUGUGUGUGUGUGUAUGUGUGUGUGUGUGUGUCUUGUUUUCUUUCCUCCCCUCUGGCAGGGAGGCCAGGCCUCCACUGGAUCAUAAAAGGACUCAGAGGCGAGGCAGGCAGAGCCAGCCAGUGCAGGGAAAUAGCAGCAGUGUGUGGACACGCAUGAGGAGGCAGGAAGGGAAAGGGGGAAGAAUAGAGGUGAGGGGGUGGCCAGGGGCGGGAGCGUGCAGCGGUGGGAGGAAGCGGAGCAGCUGUGGUAUUUGGAGCAAUUAUAAAUAGCCGCCUGGACAGAGCUUGGCCAAACAGGGCUUUGCAGCUGCGGCGGCUGUGCAGGCAAGCCUGGCCACUGUUGGCCAACGGCGGGUGCAAACAGUGCGCAGAGAUAGGUGGCAGACAGGCCCAGCCCCGGGGCUCUGACUCGACACCCCUCACCAUCGCCACAUCUCUGGAUGCCCUCCCGACCAGCCAUGCUGCUGGGUGGCCUCCUCCUCAUUGUGGCCUCUACAACUAUGGCCCAGCAGAGGGGGCAGGAAGCCGCCGGGAGCCGCCAGGCCCACCGAGUCCAGCAGGGCCAAUGCAGCUACACCUUCGUGCUGCCAGAGCCUGAGCCCUGCCCAUCCGAGCCUGAGGUCUUCAGGGUCUCUAACAGUCCCCAGAGGGACUCCCAGGGGGCUGCACUGAACCUAGGAGAGUGGUCAAGACAGCGGAUUCGACAGCUGGAAAAAAUGCUGGAGAACAACACGCAGUGGCUGCAGAAGCUGGAAAGGUACAUCCAGAAGAACCUGAGGUUGGAGCUGGCACAGGCUCAGCAGCACAUGGUCCAGAACCAGACAGCCACCAUGCUGGAGCUGGGCACCAGUCUCCUGACCCACACCACCGCCCAGACCAACAAGCUGACCAAUGUGGAGGCUCAGUUCCUGAACCAGACGUCACGGAUGGAGAUCCAGCUGCUGGAGACCUUGCUGUCCACCAACAAGCUGGAGAAGCAGCUGCUGCUGCAGGACCAUGAGCUCCAGCGGCUGCAGGGCCACAGCAGCGCGCUGGAGACGCGGGUGCAAGCCCUGGAGACGCAGCAGCAGGCGGAGCUGGAGAGCCUCCGCGGCGAGAAGGAGCAACUGCGGCGCCUGCUGGGCCGCCAGAGCGGCGUCCUAGCCGGCCUCCAGAGCACCCUGCACGCCGCCAGCAUUAACUCCAGCCUCCUGCAGCGCCAGCAGCAGCAGCUGCUCCAGUCGGUGCAGCGCCUGAUGCGCGUCAUAGCCCAGGGCCUGGCCUCCAUGAAGGCAGUUGAACGGGUAUUCCAGGACUGUGCAGAGAUCCAGCGCUUUGGGGCCAAUGUCAGUGGCGUCUACACCAUCCGUGUGGCCAAUAUGACAAAGCCCAGAAAGGUGUUCUGUGACAUGGAGACCAAAGGAGGUGGGUGGACCCUCAUUCAGCGUCGUGAGAAUGGCAACGAGAAUUUCCAGCGGAACUGGACAGAUUACAAAGAGGGCUUUGGCAACCCAGCCGGAGAGCACUGGUUAGGCAAUGAGGUGGUGUACCAGCUCACCAGCAGGGGAACUUACUCUUUUCGAGUGGAGCUGCAAGAUUGGGAAGGCAACGAGGCCUACGCCCAGUAUGAUCGCUUCCAGCUGGGCAGCGAGAGGCAGCUGUACAGGCUUUCUCUGAAAGGGUACAGUGGCACAGCAGGGCGCCAGAGCACCCAGAGCAACAACUUCAGCACACUCGACGCAGACAACGACAACUGCCCCUGCAAGUGUGCCCAGUUUCUGUCUGGAGGGUGGUGGUUUGAUGCCUGUGGCCUCUCAAACCUCAACGGCAUCUACUACCCAGUCGGCCAACACCUGCGCAAGAUCGACGGCAUCCGCUGGCAGUACUUCAAGGGUCCCAGCUACUCGCUGCGCGCCACUCGCAUGAUGGUGCGUCCGUUGGGCAUCUAAGGGACAGCCACGCCUGGAGCCUGGUCCCACGGGAGGACCUGGCCAUGGUAUCCCCUGGACAAGCUGGACUCGAACACAGGACACAAUGCCAGGACCUUGUCCCGGACAGCCUGGGGGUUCCCUGAGCCAGCCCUCCUUGCCCCAGGAGUCCAGAAGAGUCACCUCCUGCCCUUUUCCCCUCAAGUUGUGAAAUGGUGGACAUUUGGGGGUUCCUGCCUCUUCAGUGUCCCUUUUUCCUCUUCCCUCCUGCUUCCUGCAGGGCCCUCCUGCCUGCCUGAGGGUUGCAGUAUUCUAAAUGAGAUAUUGCAUAGCGGAGAACAGAUUUAACUGGGCUCUGCAAAGGAAUACACAGCUAGUGGUGGAAUCUCAGGCAGGUGGGAAGGUAUUUACAGGAGGAAACUGCCCAGGUGGAGGCCCAGAUUCUGUCCCCGGGUUCUUGGGUAAGCCAUCUCUUGUUCUAAGCUUUCUCACGUCCUUGAACAUCCUUAAACUUUCUGUUUGAGACAGAAGGAGCUGUGUCCCCCUAUAACAGGAAUCGCCAUUUGCACCCACACUGCCCAUCACUCCUAGGCCCCAGCAUCUAAAGCUCAGACGUGGUUUCUCAGGAGCUCCAGGAGAUCUAAGAAGUACUCCUUUACUCCUAGAAUGUUCUAGAAUAUGUUCCAGCGAUAAUAAAGGUACCUGUGCUCUAACGAGG